GGGAGGAAGAAGAGGAGGAGAAGUCAUGCCAACUACCCUUCUUCUCUCUCUUAUUCCCUUCAAGGGUUGAGGCGGAGCGCGAGCGCUCUCUCUGUCAGUCACCAAUGUGAGAGGUGCGCGCGCUGGGCAGCGGUUGCGUGACUGAUUAGAAAGGUGUCUCUAUUGCGCGUGCGCGCCUCCCUCCGCCUUAAACAGCUUAAAAGAGAAAGGCAGCGACCGUUGGGCGGCGCGUGAGGACCGGAGCCGCGCCUUUCUCUCUCUCUCCUCCUCCAGUGCGCGUGCGCGAGUGUGUAGAGAGAGAGAGAGAGAGAGAGAGAGAGGGACGAGGGGGAGGGGAAGCGAAUGAGGCGGCGUUGCUUUUGCUGCUGCUGCUGCUGCUGCCUUUCGCCGGUUCACCAUCCUCCUCCUCCUCCUCCUCGGUCUCCAUCCCUUCCUCCCUUGGUCGCCGGGGCUCCACCCCGGAGUUGCUGCUUGAGGAGGGGAGCCGUCGCCUGAUUGGGAUUAACCGUCGUGAGGGGGAAGGGGGGCUGAGGGACCUGGCUGAGGAAGGAGGAGGAGGAGGAGAGGGCGACGAGGGGCUGAGGCCCACGCAGCCUCGGUGGCUGAGGGUUUGGAUUUUACGACGCGCCGUUCGGGGACCCAGGAGGAGGAGGAGGAGGAGAACCGUGGCUUAAUCCGCCCCCGCCCCACCCUCCCUCCCUCCCCGCCCGCCUGGACCAUGGCCGACGACGACGUGCUCUUCGAGGAUGUCUACGAGCUCUGCGAGGUCAUCGGCAAGGGUCCAUUCAGUGUUGUACGACGAUGCAUCAACAGAGAAACUGGACAACAGUUUGCUGUAAAGAUUGUCGAUGUAGCAAAAUUCACUUCAAGUCCAGGAUUAAGCACAGAAGAUCUGAAGAGGGAAGCCAGUAUCUGUCACAUGCUGAAACAUCCUCAUAUUGUUGAACUCUUGGAGACCUACAGUUCCGAUGGAAUGCUAUACAUGGUGUUCGAAUUUAUGGAUGGUGCAGAUCUUUGCUUUGAAAUUGUAAAAAGAGCAGAUGCUGGUUUCGUAUACAGUGAAGCUGUAGCUAGUCAUUACAUGAGACAGAUACUGGAAGCACUACGUUAUUGUCAUGAUAACAAUAUAAUUCACAGGGAUGUUAAGCCACACUGUGUGUUACUUGCCUCAAAAGAAAACUCAGCACCUGUGAAACUCGGUGGUUUUGGUGUUGCUAUUCAAUUAGGGGAAUCAGGACUCGUUGCUGGAGGGCGGGUAGGAACACCUCAUUUUAUGGCCCCAGAAGUAGUAAAACGAGAGCCUUAUGGAAAGCCUGUGGACGUAUGGGGCUGUGGAGUAAUCCUUUUUAUUCUGCUUAGUGGUUGUUUGCCUUUUUAUGGAACAAAGGAAAGAUUGUUUGAAGGCAUAAUCAAAGGAAAAUACAAGAUGAAUCCUAGGCAGUGGAGCCAUAUCUCUGAAAGUGCCAAAGAUCUGGUACGGCGCAUGCUCAUGCUGGACCCAGCUGAAAGAAUAACUGUUUAUGAGGCACUCAACCAUCCUUGGCUGAAGGAACGUGAUCGCUAUGCAUACAAGAUUCACCUUCCAGAAACUGUUGAACAGCUGAGGAAAUUCAAUGCAAGAAGAAAAUUGAAGGGUGCAGUACUAGCAGCAGUGUCAAGUCACAAAUUUAAUUCUUUCUAUGGUGAUCCCCCUGAAGAACUCCCAGAUUUUUCUGAAGACCCCACUUCCUCAGGACUUCUAGCCGCAGAAAGAGCAGUCUCACAAGUGCUGGAUAGCCUAGAAGAAAUCCAUGCGCUUACAGAUUGCAGUGAAAAAGACUUAGAUUUUCUACAUAGUGUUUUCCAGGAUCAGCAUCUUCAUACGUUACUAGAUCUUUAUGACAAAAUUAAUACAAAAUCUUCAUCACAAAUCAGGAAUCCACCAAGUGAUGCUGUACAGAGAGCCAAAGAGGUAUUGGAAGAAAUUUCAUGUUACCCAGAAAACAAUGAUGCAAAAGAACUUAAACGUAUUUUAACACAACCUCAUUUCAUGGCCUUGCUUCAAACUCAUGAUGUAGUGGCGCAUGAAGUUUACAGUGAUGAAGCGUUAAGAGUUACACCACCCCCUACAUCUCCAUAUUUAAAUGGAGAUUCUCCAGAGAGCGCCAAUGGUGACAUGGACAUGGAGAAUGUAACACGAGUACGAUUGGUUCAGUUCCAAAAAAAUACAGAUGAGCCAAUGGGUAUCACUUUAAAAAUGAAUGAGUUGAACCACUGUAUUGUAGCAAGAAUUAUGCAUGGAGGAAUGAUUCACAGGCAAGGUACACUUCAUGUGGGGGAUGAAAUUCGGGAAAUAAAUGGAAUUAGUGUAGCAAAUCAAACAGUGGAACAGCUGCAAAAAAUGCUUAGGGAAAUGCGAGGUAGCAUCACUUUCAAGAUUGUGCCAAGUUACCGCACUCAGUCUUCUUCAUGUGAGCAAACAAACUGGGAGAAAUACUAUAGAGAUUCCCCCUCUACAUCCAGACAGUCCCCAGCUAAUGGCCAUAGCAGCAUUAACAAUUCUGUUUCGGACUUGCCAUCAACAACACAACCAAAAGGACGACAGAUAUAUGUAAGAGCACAAUUUGAAUAUGACCCAGCAAAGGACGACCUCAUUCCCUGCAAAGAAGCUGGCAUCAGAUUUAGAGUUGGUGAUAUUAUCCAGAUUAUUAGCAAAGAUGAUCACAAUUGGUGGCAGGGUAAACUGGAGAAUUCAAAAAAUGGAACUGCAGGCCUCAUUCCUUCUCCUGAACUUCAGGAAUGGCGAGUGGCCUGUAUAGCUAUGGAGAAGACUAAACAGGAACAGCAAGCAAGCUGUACUUGGUUUGGAAAGAAAAAGAAGCAGUACAAAGACAAAUACUUAGCAAAGCACAAUGCAGUGUUUGACCAAUUAGAUCUUGUCACGUAUGAAGAAGUAGUAAAAUUACCAGCCUUCAAAAGGAAAACACUAGUCUUACUAGGAGCACAUGGUGUUGGGAGAAGACAUAUAAAAAAUACACUAAUCACAAAACAUCCAGACAGAUUUGCAUAUCCUAUUCCACACACAACAAGACCACCAAAGAAGGAUGAAGAGAAUGGAAAGAAUUAUUAUUUUGUAUUACAUGACCAAAUGAUGCAGGACAUUUCCAACAAUGAAUAUUUGGAAUAUGGUAGCCAUGAAGAUGCAAUGUAUGGGACAAAACUGGAAACAAUACGGAAAAUCCAUGAACAGGGAUUAAUUGCAAUACUUGAUGUAGAGCCUCAGGCUCUGAAGGUCCUGAGAACUGCAGAAUUCGCUCCUUUUGUUGUUUUUAUCGCUGCACCUACAAUUACCCCAGGCAUUAAUGAGGAUGAGUCUCUUCAACGCUUGCAAAAAGAAUCUGAAAUCUUGCAGAGAACAUAUGCACACUACUUUGAUCUUACAAUUAUCAACAAUGAAAUUGAUGAAACAAUCAGGCAUCUGGAGGAAGCCAUUGAGCUUGUUUGUACAGCAUCACAAUGGGUUCCCGUCUCCUGGGUGUAUUAAUCCUGUCAUGAGAAGGAUUUUAUCUGUACUGGGAACCACCUCAUACAUGGACAACCUCUUUGUUAUCGGCCUUGUGUCAACAGGUCUUGGCCCCUAGAGACUACCUAGAUGUAGUGUGACCUAAAUUUAUAAUUAUCGUCAUGUCCUUAUAGAUAGGAGGAGAAAAAUGCUAAUUUAAAGAGACAGUAUCUUUUUUAAUCAGUUCUCCUAAACUUUAUUAAAAUGUAUCUUUAAAUAUAUGUAUUAUUCAAUCCUUUGGAAUGUUAUAUUUUUGGAAAUCAUAGCUUUUAAUUUCAAAGGCCCCUAAAACUGCACAAAAUAGAUGCUGCUUUCUAUAAUCUAUUUUAAUAAUAAUAUGAUCUGUUACUUAACUUGGGGGUGGAACACUACAUUCUUUUUAGAGUCUGAUUUUGUGAAUUGGAAUACCUUGCUUUUCUUUAUUUAUUUGAAAUUAUUAGCCCAAUCAUGACCAGAUCAAUUCUUACAUUUUAAUGGCCUUCCUUUGCAUUUUUAAUCAUUUUUAGAAUAGCAUUUUGAAGUACUUUCAUGUAAUAUCCAGAUAAUGUGAUACUGUCUCUUUGAAGAACUCUGUAAAACUUAUAGAGAUUUGAAGUUGGGUCUUGACUCUUAAUGCAUGUGGACAGUCGCAAGCGUUCAUGCUGUUGGUGUAUCUGUGUUGAAAAAAACUGUAAUCUACAGCAAAGUACAUUCCGUUCAUGGGGGGAAAGUACCCAAGGGAAUAAAAUAAAAAUACUAUGACUAAGUUGUAAAACCUAUGCACAUCCCUUGCAUUUUGGGCAACUUUAUAAACAAAAAUCCUAAUUUUUAUUAAUAAUCAUGUAGUGAAAUGUGUUUGUAAUUUUGUCUCAAUUUAAUUUGUUGUAAAGUUGGGAGGGGAAAAAUGACUGGUUUCAUCAUUUCAGAUCUGUGUUGUCUGAGAGUAUUAACGUUUUAAUUACGUUUAAGCAAAGAAAUGCUGAUUUUUAAUAUGUAUGUAAUCGUUUUGAAAAUGCACACAUUUUAAGAGAAAAUACUGUGCAAUGAAGAAACCAAUUUAGGCAUUGCGAUAAACUAACAAUUCCAAAAGACUCAUCAGCCCUGUAAAUUCCUUUCAACAGUAAAUGACUCUAUAGUCUGACCAAUUUUUUAUUUUAAAUAUACUUCCUUUUAUGUGUUCAAUUAAAUGCCUUGGGUCAUUCAUUUCAUCACAGGAUGCUUCAAAGACUUCUAAAGCCUUCUUUGUAGAUAUUUAGAAAAACAGUUCUUUGCAUUCAGUUGCAUUUGUUCAUUGAUUUCAAAACUUUAACACUUGUGGCUCACUUAGCAAUUAAGGGUCGCUUCAUAUAUUGACAGUGUUACCAUGUGCCCAUGCUAAAAACAGUAUACCCAGAAAUGCAUGUAAUAAAUAUGCUACACAGGUACGGAUGACAGGUAACUCUCAAUUGGCCCAGCUCUUGGCAGUGAAUACUCUGUAGGUGAAAUAUGUUCUCAGUAAUGUGUGAAGCAGUCCUAAUUUUUAUAUGUGGAGCCUUAAUAAGCAAAUUUUACCAUGUAUUCAUCUCAAAGUUAUUGCAGUUUUCUGAUUUCUCUGACCAGCCUGUCAGCAAGAGUGACAUCUGCUCUCACACAGAAGAAGGAUAUUGAGAAUUCUCCAUCCCAGUUUACUAUGCCUUUGUGAACCUCACCACCAUUUAACACCAGUAUUGCUGUACCUUGGACUUGUUUUGCAUUUUUAUUAUUUAAUAUGGAUUUUUUAAAAUUUUAUUAUUAAAUUCCAGUAUGUUUUUGAACAAUGUUAUUUUUCACAUUCAAAUGCAAAAUUGUUAUUCAUUUCUGGAUAAUUUCAUUUCUUUAAGAACCAUUCAGAAUUCAAGGUGUGUUACUGUUCUAAAAGAUGGAAGUUUUUUAAAAGGUACUAGAAAUAUUCAUCCACUUUGAUUCUUCUCAUUGCCUUGCAACACAUAAGACAAUAGUUAUUUGUUCACAGUUUUCUGAGCUAGUUAUGAUUAUGGUUCUUAAAAAUAAUACUAAAUCUAAACUUUAAGAUUUGUUUUGGUAACAAAAGAAGUCAGAGACAGCCCAUUCUUUAGACAUGUCAUAUUCUGCACACUUGAAGGUAAGUAUCUACAGAAAGAUUAACACCUAGCUUUGUUUUGGUAUAUACUCCAUAAAACCUUCUGAAAAGACUGUGUGCACUGCAAACUAGUUUUUAAUUUUUGAACCUGACAUAACAAAGCCUAGAAAAAUUGUUUCUUUUUUGCCUUUGAUUAAGGAUAUUAAUUAAUUGUGCUGCCAACAGAUUGAUCUGUCUGUAUCAUUAGGUACAUAGCAUCCUUGCAACUAUUACAUCAUACUUGGUAACACUGUAGUGGCAGAACAUUUGAAGUAGGCUAUACUACAGUUGGCCCAACAUAUCCACAGAUUUUUUUAUCCAUGAAUUCAACCAUCGGCAGCUUGAAAAUAUUCCAAAAAAUUCCAAAAAGCAAGCCUUGAAUUUGCCAUGUUACUAUGCCACUGUAUACAAUAAGACUUGAGUAGCCAUGGAUUUUGGUAUCCACAGCAGGGCCUGGAACCAAAACCCAACAGAUACAAAGGGUCCACUCUAGUUUCUUUCUCUUCAAUGUAAUUCAUAGAGAACUGAGUACAUUAUUCUAACCUGGUGAUUUGGAAGUGUGAUAACUGGAUACAAGAAGUUUUUGAUCUCCCUUUGCAUCUUAACAUGUAUUUGGGACCGAGUCCCAAUAUUUUUUUUUACAAUAUACUGCAGUACUUAUUCUUUCCCUGUGUCUGUGUAUUUAACCACCAAUGAUGGAGAUUAGCAAUCAGUGUCAUUUUUACUUAAACAUUUCACCAGUUGUAUACAAUAUUUACUUGGAAGUACUAGUAUAAAUAUGAGAUGCAAGUUUACUUUCCUUGACAAUGAUCAAACUCAAGUUAAUUUUAAUGGAACUGGAUGUAGACCAUAGUAUUGCACUUUUGCUGUUAUUGCUGUAUUCUGUCCUGAGCACUUGAACAUAUGGGCCAAAAUAUUGAACUUUUAAACACUCUAUUAUAGUACAAGGUUUAAAUUUAUUGGGAUUAAAUUUUGCUAGAUUGAGCACAUGAAAUUUACUGAUACAAACUUGCACCUCCUUCCCAUGAAAGCUCCCCAUUUUAAAAAAAAACAUACUUUUUAUAUUUGUAUUUAUUCUUUCUUCAACAGGUAUAGAUAAAUAGAACAGGAGGCAGUAUCUCAUCUCAGCACUGACAGCUCAGACCUGCUUAUUGUUGUGUGCCUUCAAGUAAUUUCCAACAUAUGGCAAUCCUAAGGUUUAUCACAGGCUUUUAUUGGCACAUUUCUUCAGAGGUGGUUUGCCAUUGCCAACCUCUGACGUUUAGAAUGUGUGACUUGCCCAAGCUCACCCAGUGGGUUUACAUGGCCAAGCCAGGAUUCAAACCUUGGUCUCCAGAGUCAUAGUGCAGUGCUCAAACCAAUACGCAACAUUGGCUCUCAGUAUGCUUACCUAUGCUUUAACAGUGUAACAGCAUGAUAUGUUCUCUGGCUAUUAUGUUGUGGAAGAAUUUGGUUUUCUUUUUUUAUAUUACAAGAUUCAUGAUAGAGAUAAGCAUUUAGCAUCUCUGAAAAUCAGCUAACUGGUACUUUGCUAACUAUAGUAUUCAAUAACAUUGCAUUUUCUUGAAUUCCUAAAGCAAAGAACAGUUCUAAAAAACUAUAUUGUUCUAUGUGGCCAACACAGUGGAUCCUAAAAUUGAUCUUCUGCAUUAUUUUGAUUCUAGAUGAGCAUUUACGUGAUCAUUGAAAAUGCAUGUUUAGAAUUUUUAAAAAUUAUUUUAGGGAGCAACCCAGGCACACAUACCUAGGAGUUAAUCCACUGUACACAACCUAUGAGAAGAUAUUGGGCCCUUUUAAAUCUUUAAAAUAUAAUAUCUAACAAACUUCUGUUUAAUAAACUGGUUUCAUCAUUUGAUGGAAUAAAGAACUACAGCAUGGCAUGAUAGCAUUUCCUAGAUAAUGAAGUAGCACUGUUUCCGUCAUUAAAACAGAGGCGCUUUUGCUAGCAUUUAGGCUGUUAAGCUACCUAGAAAGCAAUAAAAAUUCCUGUUUGAAACAUCUGUUUUUGUGCAGAAAUGUAUCCCAACAUAAACAAUAUAAAAUAUGAAAAGUGGACUAAUAUCAAAGUACCUUCUCCCUAUAUCUUCUGAUUGUCAUAAAAUGCUUGGCUGAAAUCUAUCCUGAUUGGUUUUGAAUUUCUCCCGAUAUAAAACCUGACAUUUUACUAAAAGGGCUUCAUAUGAGUAAGACAUCUUUUUGUUCACCUCAUGUUGUAUACCUUCAAGUUGUUGCUGACUUAGGCAACUCUUAAGACGAACCUAUCACAAGGUUUUCUUGGCAAAAUUUGUUAAGAGGGGCUUUCCUUUGUUGUCUUCUGUGACUGAGAGAAUGUUAUAGAAGUGCAUAAUAAAGUCAUGUCAUUUUUGUAUGGAAAUGUCUGUUGAAAUCUAAACUCUGAAAACUAAUGGGUUCUUAACACACACAUACACACACCCAUCACAAUACAUUGCUUAUUAUGUAUCACUGUAUACACUGAUAUAUAAACUGUAUGCCUAAAUCUAAAGCCAUUUUGCAUGGCUGUCUGAAAAAAACACAGAUGACUAGACAUUCUGACAUAAAUUUAGGGAGCCCUCCCCCAUCACACACUUUUUGCAAAUAAAAGGCUUUGCAGAAACAAUGAAAGCUACAGCUCAUCACAGCUGUGCAGCUAUGAAUUACAACUAAGUCAGAGUGAAAAACAGGUUGUGACUCUAUAAUCAGAGGCAGACCACAAAUUGAUAAUCUUUUUGUUUGGUUAAGUUGAAAAUACCUUUCUUAUGAUUCUCUAGUAAUAUGCUGAAGAAUCUGAAGAAGUAUGCAGAAGAGUCUGAACACAGGUCCUCAAAGCAUGUAUUGGGUACAAGAACUUUUAAAGUAUACAAAUUUAUUUGAACUGAAGUUGCUUUAUGUAUGUAUGUAUGUUGUCCUCGAUACAUCCUCUAAAGGACUCGUUGUUACAUAACUACCCUUACCCUUCUGAACAUUAUUUUCACAACUAUUGAUAUCACCUCUGAAAGAACAUCCUUGAGGAUGGUUUUUUCCACUUCCAGUCAGUAGGAAAAAAAUACUUCUAGUCAACUAUGUCAGGAGUGGCACUCCAAAUGCUGUUGGACUGUGACAUCUAUCAUCCCAUUGCAGUGCUGUUCUAGUUAAGGGUGGUAAGAGUUGCAGGCCACUGAUAUCUGGAGUCCCCAAACUGACCACUCUGAAACAAGUUCCUCUUGAGAAGGAGAAUUAAUAACCCUAAGCAUGCUUUAAAAUGCUUAGAAAAAAGAUCUCCAUUAUUAUUAUUAUUAUUAUUAUUAUUAUUAUUACUAUUAUUAUUAGCUUCUCUCCCACCUUUUUCCAUUCAUGACUCUUAAAUGCAGGGGUAGGCAACCUGCGGCCCGGUGAAGCCUUGGGACCGG